UGGCUUUGUGAGCCAGGUACCCUUACCACCUUAGCAAGGCACCUGGCUAGUGCCCAUCCCCGUGGUGUCAGAGCUAUGGAGGAUGAGCAAGAUGUGCUGCCCUGCUUGGACGUGGAGCAGCUCAUCCAUCCAUCUGGAGGGCAAGUGCUUGCCCUCCCUCUGAUGCCAUGCUUGGAGGCAUGCCUGCUGUCCUGUCCCAGGCUGGUGCCCAUGCCAAGCCCCUGUCUGUGCUCCUGCUCACAUGUCCGCGUCCCCAGGGUGCCGGAGAAGGCCACUUCCCAGCUGGGUUACUCCGGUGCUCCAUGGAUGCUCCAUAGCACCUGGAGGUGGGGAGAAGACACCACAGACUGUAGGUCUGUCCCCUGAGCGCUGGGGACCUCGAGGUUGAGCUGUCAUAGAAUGGUAGAAUCAUUUGGUUGGAAAAGACCUUUAAGAUCCUCAAGUCCAUCUGUACCUGUCCCCUCCUACUACUUGCAGAAGGACCGGGUUUGGUGCAGUGGGUGGCCACGCUGGUAGGGCACAGGGCUCAGAGACCCCAGUCCCCCCUUCCCAACCCCCCGCUGGCUGCUAGGACCCAGCAGCUGUCCCCGUGGGACUGCCACGAGUGCAGGCAGCGCCCGGGAGUGACAGCUGGUGCCAUCCGCAGCUGGCGGGCGGCAGGCAAACAGGAUGACGAGCGGGUGACGGGGCGCGAGGAAGGGGGAGUGUGGCCUUGCAGAGUCCCUGAUCUUCUGCAGGAGCGACGCUGGUGAGAAGGAGCCCUGGUGAGAAGGAGAACAUCACCCACCUUCCCAAGACCAAGGCAGGGAGAAGAUAGUGGCCAUGGUCACGGUGGGGUUUCCCUCUAAGAGAUGCAGGAGAAGAGCCCUUACUGCCCAGGCAUCGGAGCUGCUGGCUUAGCCCUCAGAGGGGAUGGCGAGCCGAACGGGGCUGAACACCACGGACAACCUAGAUCUGCUCUCUGUCCCCGAGCAGUCCAUCGCCCAGGAGGUGGUGGGCCUCUUCUGCAUGGUCCUGCUCACCCUUACUGCCUUGGUGGCCAACACUGUGGUGAUGAUCGUCAUUCUCAAAACUACCCUUCUCAGGAAGUUCAUCUUUGUCUGCCAUCUCUGCGCAGUUGACCUCCUCUCUGCCAUUUUCCUCAUGCCCCUGGGGAUCAUCUCCAGCUCCUCCUGCUUCAGCAGAGUGAUCUACAGCAUUGCUGAGUGCCAAGGCUUGAUGUUCCUGAAUGUCUGUUUCAUCAGUGCUUCCAUCCUCACCAUCUCCAUCAUAAGCGUGGAGCGGUACUACUAUAUCGUCCACCCCAUGAGGUACGAGGUCAAGAUGACCAUCAGGCUGGCAGUGGCCGGAGUGAUCUUCAUUUGGGUCAAGUCCGUUCUCAUCACUGUCUUGGUAGUGGUGGGUUGGCCUCAAGGCACCGGGGCCACCAGCGCCAGCCGCUGCACGGUCUACUGGAGCCCUGGAGCCUACAAGGUGGCUUUUGUGAUCAUCUUCAGCAUUGUCUGCUUUGUUCUGCCCACCAUCAUCAUCUUUGCUGUCUACUGCAGAGUCUACCGUGUGGCCCGGAUGGCAUCCCUGCAGCACGCGCCCGUGCAGGCACAGGCAGUUGUGCCAAGAUACCGAUCCAACUCCAUUGCCAGUCAAGUGACCAUCAUCACCACCAGGAACCUGCCGCUGCCCAGGCUGAUGCCAGAGCGCUUUUUGGGAAGCAAUAAGGCCAUCCUCACCUUGGUCCUCAUUGUGGGACAGUUCUUGUGCUGCUGGCUGCCCUUCUUCGCUUUCCACUUGCACUCCUCUGUCACCACUGGCACAGUGGGUGGUGGGCAUGGGGAGAUGGUGGUCACCUGGAUUGCCUACUCCUCCUUUGCCAUCAAUCCCUUCUUCUACGGAUUGCUGAACCGCCAGAUCCGGGAGGAGCUGGCCCGGUUCCGGCGCAGCUGUCUUAACCGGCCACUGGGCCAGGAGCUCUGUCUUUCUGUCUCAGAGGCUUCUGUCCAGGAAAACAUCUUGCAGUUCCUCCAGAGAGCAACUUGCACACUGGAGACCCAUGCCAGCUGCAUCAGCCCCAGUCCCAGGAACAGGCUGGACCAGACCAAGAUGGGCUUCCCCAUCCCGGGUCAAGUUCCUGAAGAAAGCAGCUGAGAAGCAGGAGGCCCUGUCCCACCACGCUGGGUAGAAGGGUGGGCAGGGGACCAGCAAGAGACCAAUCAGACCUGCUAGGACUCAGCCUCUUGGAUUUGGAGGGGUCCUUGUUCAGGUUUUGCCUCUUCUCUGAGCUUAUGGUAGAAGACGGUUUCUUUACCCAGGAGAAAGCACCAGAUCUGGGGAAGCCUCAUUUCCUUUCUGCAGGAUGGGAUUGUCUCUGGCUCCACCAACACAGUUGCAUUGACGUGCUCUCCUCGGGACACAGGAUGCCAAAGGGCUAUUACAUGGCCAGGCAGAGAGGACCCCUCCAUCUCUGUCACCCUGUUGGGACCACUUGUGGCCAGUGGGGAAGAGCAGAUGUCCCUUGCAGCCUACCCAGGAGCAGUGGCCCAGCUAAUACCACUAACACCAGUAACACCAGGGCCAUGGGCACCCUGCUGAGCCUGAAGCCAUCCAUCCUUGGCAGUUUAACCCAAAACUAACAUCUGGGUGCAGGAGCUCCUGUCACCCAUGGUACCUAUCAGGAGAUGACACCUGUGGGGCUGGCUCUGACCACGGCUGUGUUUUUCAUGUCAAUGAUGCCUGUGGCCAUGCCCGGCCAUGCCCUCUGUCCCAUCCCCUCCAUCUCUGGAAGGACGUUGGCCGGCUGGGUGUCGGUGCCAGGCUCUUUAUGGACACAGCUGCCCAGCUGAAGCCCAGCCAGAGGUGACACAUGCCAACCAAACCAGGCUGCUGGCCAAGGGUGCGCUAGGGUGGAUGUGGUGGCACAGGGGGAUGGUGGGGGGCCAUGUGGGGUGCCCCCAGGCAGCGGCAGUUGGAGGGAACCAGGAGCUUGUCCCCCUUCAGUCUCCUUGCUUCUGCAGGGCUUGGGAACCAUCCCAGGAGGGAGGUGGUGAGCUGAGAGGGACUGAACAGCACGGACAACCUAGAGCUGCUCUCAGUUCCUGAGCAGUCCAUAGCCCACGAGGCUGUGGGCUUCUUCUGCAUGGUCCUGCUCACCCUUACUGCCUUGGUGGCAGACACAGUGGUGAUGAUCAUCAUUUUCAAAACUACCCUUCUCAGGAAGUUCAUCUUCUUCUGCCACCUCUGCAAGCAAGGACCCUGCUGAGGGGAUGCUGGACCCACAAAGGUCCCACAGAUGGUGCUGGCACAGCAGCACCACAGCACCACAGCACUCUAUGUGGUCUCAAACUGCCCCGUGGCCUCUGAAGUGUCCCAUGGCAGGGAGGGGGCUCUGGGAAGACCCUCCAGGGAACCGAGGCUGAGGGCCAGCACCCGCCUGGCCACUGGGAUGUCCUUCCAACCACCACCCUGUGUCCCUAGAGCUGGGGCUGCCCCUGGGGUGGGGAGGUGUCUCCAUCCAGGGUGGAAGAUAUUAUUAUUAUUAUUAUCAUCAUCAUCUUGUAAA